AUGGCCACUAGAACAUCGUCGCGCCAGGCCGCUCAGAAAGCGAAGGAGGCCAUCACAAGCACCAGCGAAAUCAAGCCAAAGAAGACCACCGGUGUGAAGCGCAAGGAAACCACCGAAAAGGGACCAGAACCAAAGAGGGGAAAGAAAGUCGAUCGCGAGCCAGAACAUGAGAAAGAAGAGAAGGAACAGGGGCAGCAAAAGCGCGAAGAGAAGGACCGGCCAGAACUGAAAGAGCAGGUGAAGGAGGAAGCGGUCCCCGGACCCGGUGAAAAGGACGAAAAAGAGGAACAGGAAAAAGCCAUAAGACAGCUCAGUGAACAGCCCGAAGAGCGAGCAGAGAAGCCAGAACAAGAGGCCAAAGUAGGUGCAAAGGAAGAGGCUGCCCCAGAACCUCGUGAAGGCGAGAAAGAGAGUGAGGAGAAAGGCGCCAAAGAACCAGAAGAGAAGCCUACUGAAGCGCCGGCAAAGCAAGGGGUUGAAGCAGGAAUCAGGAAGUCGCAAGAACGUGAAGACAUUGUACCUUCCAAUAUUCUCGAAAAGGGAAUCAUAUACUUCUUCUUCCGGCCUCGAGUCAAUGUUGAGGAUCCACACAGCGUCAAGGACGUUGCCCGAAGUUUCUUUGUUCUACGUCCGACCCCUCUGGGUGCAGUGUUGGACGCCAACCAAGGCACGGUUGCAGCCGACGCACGCUGUCGCUUGAUGAUUCUGCCAAAGAAGAAGUUCCCUACUUCGGGUAGAGAGAGAGACAUGGGAUUCGUGGAGAAGGCCGGAAUAUCCAUGAAAGAACUCCACGAUAGCUUUAUGGUGGGCGAGAAAUAUGAGACAUCGACCCGAGGAGAACGUGCCGUUCAAGAAGCGCGACCAUAUGCGGAAGGAGUCUACGCCAUAACCUCUGGAAAGCGUGCCUCACACCUGGCCUACAUUCUGACUAUUCCGCAAGAACUGGGCUCAGUUCAAGAUGACUUUGGUCUUCAUAGCCAAGGCAGUUGGAUUCUUCAGUCGAAGAACCCCAAAUAUCCUGGCCCGUCCUUCGCACAGCUUCCCAAAGACCCCGAGUAUCCGGAAAGCGUCCGCCAAAAGUUCGGAGAUUAUAGAUGGGUUCCCUUGGAGCCUGAGUUCAUCGACUAUCCCAACGCACAGUUCCUCAUGAUCGGGGAGGCGACCGACGAGCUUGGAAAGGCAGCUACUGCAGAGCCUGGUAAGAAGGAGGCGCAUGAAGAGCAGCCAGGCGAGGAGUUGGAAAAGCUGGAGCAAGAAAACGAGGAGAGAAUCGAAUCUCUAAAAGGCGACGAAACUGUUUAUGAAGACCUAGGACUGGAUGCGAAGAACUAUCCCAAGGUGCCAACCACCUGGAACAAGUAG